ACUUUGAAGCGUAAAGUUUAGUUCGAUAUUGGCGCCAUCGUUCUUAAUAUAGAGAAAUAAAAAUACCGCAUUUUGGUUUAUAACUUACAGUUAUAUACGCGCGCUUUUUCUUUGUUUUUUGUUCUUUUUUGUAUUUUGGUAAAACAAAAAAAAAUAAAAUUAUUUUGUAAAAUAUUUUGGUUUUUGUUUUUUCACAUUUUUUUAUUUUAUUUUUAAAAUAUUUUGGGAGGGAGAAAUGUAAUUAAUUAAACGUUUCAGUUGAAAUAUUUCUAAAAAUUUAAUAUUUCUUGUGUUUUAUUAAGUUUUAAAAGUACCAUCAUAUAUAUGUAUACUUAAAUUUGUAUAAAUAUAAAUAUCCUCAUAUGUUAAACACAAUUAAAAAAGUCAAUUUAACUGAUCAAAUCUUAGAUUUAAUUUAUAAAUUACUCUGUAAUUAAGAAUAAGAAAUAAAGUUGAAUUUAGUAAAUAAUAAAUGUAACACCUCAAUAUUAAUUAAUUAAGAAUAGAGAAGAAAUUCUGACUUAAACUUAAUUGUCAGUAUUUUGUACAUGAAACAUAACAUCAAAAUGACUGGUGGUAAUAAUGGAACUGUGGAAAAUGCUCAAAAUAGUCAGGGAUUAGUUUAUUCAACUAGAAAAAUUCGUAAUAUUCGAAUAAUAUUGUCAAUUAUAUCUGUAAUUGUAAUAGGUGCACUAAUAUCUGUUGCUGUGAUAUUAUUAGUUAAUGCCAGUACUGACGGUUUGCCCGAUGAAAAAGAUACUAGAGUAAAAUUAUCUUUAAAUGAUAUUUUAGUGGGUAAAUUUAGUACGCGAAAACAAAAUAUGACAUGGUCAGGAUGUGAUACAGUUUCAUUUGUAGAAGGAAACAAAGUUGUAGAGUUGAAUGUUUUAACUAACAGUAAGAAGGUUCUUAUGGAAGUAAAUAGAAUACGAGAUGUAUUAACAAAAUCCGCCGAUGGAAAAUAUUUGUUAAUAGCUGAAGAAUCAUACAAAUUAUUCCGUCACAGUUUUGUAGCAAAAUAUUAUGUUUUAGAUUUAGAAACAAAAAUAUUAACACCUAUAAAAAUUAAAGAGAACCACGAGCGUUUAGCAUUAGUUAAAUGGGGUCCAACAGGAAAUAGUUUAAUAAUUAAUUACUUUGGAAAUUUAUAUUAUAAAAAAACCCCAUUAGAUGCAGAAAUUCAAUUAACAGAUGAUGAUCCAGAAAAACGAAUAUUAAAUGGUAUACCUGACUGGGUGUACGAAGAAGAAGUCUUCAGUAGUAAUGAAGCUGUGUGGUUUAAUCCAAAUGGUACAAAAAUUGCAUAUAUUCGAUUUGAUGAUAGUCCAACCUUUGUAAUGAAUAUACAACUAUAUGGUGAACCGGGUGAUAUUAGGUAUCAAUAUCCUAUCAAUAAACAUGUAUCAUAUCCAAAAUCGGGUACUCCAAAUCCACUUGUUAGUUUAAAAACAAUUGAUUUAGAAAUGGUAUUAGAAAAUUCGGCAAUUGUUGAGGAAGCAAUAUCACCAGUUCCUGUUCCAAGUGCAUUAAACACACAAGAACAUAUUAUAACAAGUGUUGAAUGGUUAAAUAAUGAAGUAUUAUAUUCAGUAUUUAUGAAUCGAAUACAAAACGAUGCACAUUUACAAGUAUUAACAACAAAAAAACGUCAUGAAACUUAUAAUAUUAAGUCAGAAACUGGUUGGGUUGAUUUAUUUUCAUCACCUUUAAUUAAUAGAGAUGGUAGUCAAAUUGCCUUAAUAUUACCACAUAAUCAAGGUGGUCAAGAUGGUGAUUAUAGGCACUUAUCACUAUUGUCGACAACUGGUAGUUAUCAAAAACCAUAUCCAUUAACAACUGGUAAAUAUGUUGUACAAUCAUUAUUAAAAUGGGAUCACGAUAACAAUAUAAUAUUCUACAUGGCAAAUACACCAGAAAAAUCACAAUCGUUACACUUAUAUGCAAUUAAAGCAUCGUCAUCCAAGAGAAACACUGGGAAACCACAAUGUUUAACAUGUAAUUUAAUUAAAUAUAAUGAAAUUGAGCAAACUUAUUUCUCAGUUGACUUUAGUCCUUGCGGCAAAAACAUUAUUAUAACAUCUUUGGGGCCUAAUCCACCAAGUGUUCAUAUUUUCCAAUGGUCAUACAGUGGAGGAAAUGUUAACUUAAAAAAACUGUAUGAUUGGGAAACUAAUGAUCGUAUAAGAACUUCUUUACAAAAUGUUGCACUACCCACAACCAAAAUUUUAACAAUUGAUGUUGAUGAUGGUUUCACUGCCAAAGUUCAGUUACAAUUGCCACCGAAUUUAGAUCACUCUAAAAAAUAUCCAAUGCUAAUUGAAGUAUAUGGCGGCCCAGAUUCAUAUGCUGUAACAGACAAAUGGAGUUUAGACUGGGGUUCAUAUUUGGCAUCAAAUCGGUCAAUUAUUUAUGCACGGAUAGAUGGUCGUGGAUCAGGUUUGCGUGGUGAUAAAUUAGCACAUUCCAUUUAUAAGAAAUUAGGUACAGUAGAAGUUUAUGAUCAAAUCAAUGUUGCCAGCAAAUUACAUCAGAAUUUAAGUUAUAUUGACUCAGCACAUGUGGGAAUAUGGGGCUGGUCUUAUGGAGGUUAUGCUUCUGGUAGAGCGUUAGCUUUAGAUGAUAAUAAUAUUUUCCAAUGCGCUACAUCAGUGGCACCAGUAACCGAUUGGCUUUAUUAUGAUUCGAUUUAUACGGAAAGAUAUUUGCAAAGACCAAAUGAAAAUAUGGAUGGUUAUGAAAAGUCAAGACUUACAAAUUUAGCAAAAAGUUUUGAAAAUAAAAAAUAUCUUAUAGUUCACGGUACUUUCGAUGACAACGUUCAUUAUCAACAAUCACUAAUGUUAAUAAAAUCAUUAGAACGUGCAAAUAUUUUAUUUAAGCAAAUUAGCUAUCCAGAUGAAGAUCACAGUUUAGGUAGUAUGAGACCGCAUUUAUAUCACUCACUAGAUCGUUUCUUCGGUGCAUGCUUUGGUUUAGAGACUAAUAAAUAUUUCAGAUAAUUUCCAUAAUAUUAAAUUCCAUUAUAAAAUUGCUUUCAAAAAACAAAAAUGUUAAUAUUUUAGAGAUAAAACAAAGAAAAAUCAAAAAAAAAAAUUGUAAAUUAAAGAAAGAAAAAAGAUUUGAAAAUGUGAUGAAUUUUCUUAUUCCAUUGUUGAAUUAUUGUAAAUAAAUAUUAAGAAAUUUUUAUGAAAACUGUGAAAAGAACAUUAAAUGUUUUUUUUACUUUUAAUUUUAAUAAUAAUAAUGCAAUAUGUAUAAUCACAACCAAAAGGAAACAAGAACCAAUAAGAUAAUUUCACAUUUAAUCUUUUAUUAAAGCGACAAAUGUACUUAAAAUAGUUAUAUUAAAUUAUAAGAGUCAUUAAAUAAAAUUUUUAAUUAUUGAAAAGUAAAAUUGAAUUAAUUCUUGAAUUAUCUUGAAUUAUACUUGAACUUUGUAUAAAAAUUAUUAUAUUUUUUAAUUGUUUUUCAGAAAAUUAAAACCAAACAAAAUUCAUAAGUAUAAAAAUGUAUGUGCCAAGAAUUCUGCAUUUAUUUAAAAAAAAAAUACAAAAAAAGUCUUUUGAAAAAGGUAUAUUAAUUUUUCAGGUGCACAGAAGUCAACUGCUCAUUGCUCUCAAGUUAUUCUCCAAUACGUUUUUUUACAAAUUUUAUUAACUCAAUAUAUGGAUCUAAAAUGAUUUUGUAUUUUCAUAGAAAAGGUAUUACAAAAAUUUUUAUAACUAUGCCCAUCUUGGGAAACUUGUUUCAGAAUGUACAACCUUAAUUCUAAGAAUUGUUUUUAAAUUAUUUCCGCUUUCAAAAGCAAUUUUUUAGCAAUAGAUUUAGCCAAUUUACCUUCAAUAUUUCUGAUAUAAUCGUACAAUUUCCAUGUACGAAAUUAUUUCCAACUAUUAAAAAAAAUUUUAUUUAACAAAUUAAAGAAAAAAAAGUCUUGCUAUUAUAUUUCAUAAACUUUAAAAUAGUUAAGGAGGGCAUUUACUUUUUUUAGUAAAAUUAUUAAUUAUUUGAAGUAAUUAUUUUGUUAUGGACUUAUUGAAAAUAGAAUUUUGAAAAUUAUAAUUAUGAAUAAUAAAAUGUAUAUAAUGUAUGUAUGUAUGUCACUAUGUGUAUUUAAAACUUGUAAUUGUUUAAAUUAUAAUUUGUUUUUAGAUUUGUACUUUAUACAUAUUAUGUU